UGGGUGAGUCCUGAGGAGGCAAAGAGGAAUGCCUUGGGCCUGGCCAAGCUGAUGGGCUGUACAGAAGGUGAGGAAAGGGCCAUAGUGAGUUGCUUGCAGGAAAAGAAAGUGGAAGAAUAUCCAAUACAAACAUUGUUGCUUCAGGAUCGCAAGAGCACUGUGAACUUUCCCACUGUACCAACAACAGAUGGAGAUUUCCUUCCUGAUGACCCACAGAAACUUGUGGAGUCCAGGCGCUUUCAGUCUAAGCCUAUCAUGAUUGGUACCACCUCU